UUCCUCUACUUGGAGUUGGGUGGGAGACAGUACACAAGACAUUGAGCGCGCGUAAGUGUUUACGGGCCGGUGUCAGUGGAAUAUAAAAUAAAAAAAAACAUUUUAUAACGAUUUACAAUUUUUUGGCAUAUACUGGUGCGUAUUGGGGUGUAAUUUUCUGGUGGAAUUGACUGGUAGUCUACGAAAAAAGGGACAGGGAUAACGAUGUCCAUUUCGAAAGAUGGAAGGAUUGACAUUGACAAGCCCAGAUGGGACCAGACUACUUACCUUGGACGAGCCAAACACUUUCUUAAUCUCACUAACCCAUUGAAUGUAUUCGCCAGUGAAGAGGAACUACAGCGUUCCCAUGACAUCGUCUCCAAGUACAGGAAGGGCGAGACCUUGGAGCACUUGAAGAUAAGUGAAGAUGAUUUGUGGAGGAAUAAAUAUCUGUAUGAUAGUGCAUACCAUCCGGACACAGGUGAGAAAAUGCUCAUCAUCGGGCGGAUGAGCGCGCAGGUGCCCAUGAACAUGAUCAUCACUGGAGCUAUGAUGACGUUUUACAAGUCAACGCCGGCGGUAGUAUUUUGGCAAUGGUGUAACCAGUCGUUCAAUGCAAUCGUCAAUUAUACAAAUCGCAGUGGCUCGAGUCCAAUUCCAACGGAGACUCUCGUGAAGAGCUACAUCGGGGCAGUCACGGGUGCUGUAACAACAGCAUUAACAUUAAAUCGUCUUGCUGCAAGAGGACCACCGUUAGCCGGUCGUCUGGUGCCCCUUGCCGCUGUGGCAGCUGCCAAUUGUGUUAACAUUCCAUUAAUGAGAAUUACAGAAUUGAAGGAUGGAAUUGAUCUUUAUAAUGAGAAGGGAGAGAAGGUUGGCAACAGUCCCAAAGCGGCCAGAGAGGCAAUAGCCUCUGUUACCGUCUCCAGAAUCCUCAUGGCCUCUCCCAGUAUGAUUUUAUCUCCCAUAUUAAUGACAUCCCUGGAGCGUCGGAAUCUCCUGGCAAACGCAAAAUGGGCAGCAAUGCCAAUUCAACUGGCGGUCUGUGGAGUUUGCCUGACAUUUGCAACACCCCUGUGUUGUGCUUUAUUCGCCCAACAGGUACCAAUCUCCAUAGACCGCCUUGAGCCCGAAGUGAAAGAGCAAAUUCUCUCUCGUCAUCCCAAAGCCAACACUCUCAUCUACAACAAAGGCCUAUAAAACGAUUUUAUUAUUGAAAAAAAUGCAUUUAUAUGUACUCAAACAGGCACUGCCUCACUGUUGACUCAUGAAUCCGCCCACCAGUCCAAUUAUUUUUGCCAUCUUUGUGGUGCGGAUGCAUAAACAAGAACGAAACAUUUAGAUGAAUUAUCAGAUUUGUGAAUGUUGUUGGGUAAGAAGAUACUUCUAGGUUUGAUUGAGUGCAGUUUAAUCUCAAUUGUGAAUCUCUUUGGAAUUAUAUUUGGGCAUCAGUGUAAUGACGUAUGAUCUGGUGUGGUUGACCCGUAUGACAACGCUACAAGACACCCACAUGACUUGGGUAGAAACACAGACAAUAACAAUAAUGUAGAACAGUUAGUCUUAGAGGUACCUGAGGAGACGGAAACCUCAAUAAUUUAUAGCUGAAUGUUAUGGAACCUCUGGGAAUAAUAAACCAACGAAUCUCACAGUCCUUUUUAUGAAGGAAGUAGAUUUAUCUGAUGGGUCUCUUAAUGAUAGACUACAUUUUGUAUGCAAGUCGUCGGUUUUGCCAUAUCACUGGUUGCUGUAACUAUAAAUUAUGGAGAUACAUUGGUAGAAUAUUCUAUGAUUCUCCUUAUGCGGAGUAAAAAUGUAAGGUAAAUAUCCAUAAAGAGAGGAGAGGAGAGG